AUGGCCGAAGAAGAAGUACGGUCGAAGCCCUUUGUGCCGGCCAAGAAACUCAACACGAACUAUCCCCUCAUCGACAGUGACCCCCACUUCAAACGAGUCAUCCGCUAUGCCCGCACAUCCGACUAUGUCGCCGGCACAGCCAUGGCAGCAGCCGGCCCGGCCCUGCUGCUCUUCUGGGAGCGCGUCUCACCCUCCUACGUCGGUCGGGGUGGUUUCGCGCCCGUGAUGCGGCUGACGGGCGCCGUCGGCGCGACGGCUGGAUUUCUGCUGUUCUACCAGCGCUCAAUCCUGCGCUUCUACGGCGUCAGCGAGAACAGGCGCGAGAUCGAGAUGGACAUGAAGGAGAUGGUCUCCAAGGUCAAGAAGGGCGAGCCGCUGUACGGGCACUCGGGGAUGUCGGAGUAUUUGCAGGGCGUGGCGUCGAGGAACUCGAGAUAUUCGGGCAUUUGGUUGCAUGUGCUGCCGUGGUUCAACUUUGCUAACCAUAACCAGCAUGGUGUGGAUACAGCGAAAUAUUACCAGCAGGCGGAACGGGAGCUGGAGGCUGAGCGGACUCUUCGGUAG